CCAUUGACGUGUCUUUAUCCAACUUACAACCCAAGUCAGACUCAGAUCGGCCCUCACGCUAACGCGAACUGAAUACAAAUCCUACCCCGUCACCAACAAAAUCCCAGGUAAACCAACAAAUAAUAACCAGCUACCAGGAACGAAGUUCGCUAAACAAACCGGCCGCGGCAAACAACAUCCUAUACGCACGCCAUCAUGGCCGCCGCCACGCGACUCCUCCGCCUUCUCCUGAUCACGCUGCUCGCCGGCGCCGCCGUCUUCUCCUCCUCCCCCGUCGCCGCCGCGCGCGACGUCCCCGCCGUGCCGGUGGCCGUCGUCGUGUCCGGCGCGGGCGAGCUCGUCGUCGGCGACACGGAGCCGAGCGCGUACGAGAUGCUGGAGCGGUUCGGGUUCCCGAAGGGCAUCCUGCCCGAGGGCGUGACCGGGUACACGCUGCGGCGGUCCGACGGCGCGUUCCAGGUGUUCAUGGACAGGGACUGCGAGUUCGAGGUCGACGGCGGCUACAGGCUCACCUACCAGCGCACCAUCUCCGGCACGGUGGCGGGCGGUAGCAUCCGGGACCUCCGCGGCGUCUCCGUCAGGAUGUUCUUCGUCAACUGGGGCAUCGACCAGGUGCUCAUGGCGGACGCCGACCACCUCAUGUUCUACGUCGGCCCGCUCUCGCAGGCCUUCCCGGCCGACAACUUCGAGGAGUCACCCCAGUGCCGGUGCCGAGGCGUGCUCGACGGCGUCGCGCACGUCGGCGUGGCGGCGAUGUAGGAUCGAUCGGGCCGUUCGGUGGUUACAGACGUGUAAGUAGCAUACUACGAUCGAUUGGUACGUGCAGUGCUUGCACGUGAUCGAUUAUGUCAUUUUUUUUGAGGGAUGAUCGAUGAUGUGAAUUAGUUUUUUUUUUGUGUGAAUCGGUAGAUGCAAGAUUGGUGUGCGUGCAAUGCACUGCACACGGAGGAAAGGACCGAUCAAACGGGAUGUCAAUUCUAUUCUGAUGUUUAUGAGUUUCGCUCUUUGCCGAUUAUGAAGUUUU